AUAUACACUUGACAAAUAGGAAGGCAUUUAAGAAGAAUAUAGAAAAUAAAUAACCAUCUAAACCUGCUUCAUCGAGAAGUAACUUAUAAAGCACGGGUCUUCAGCCUCUCCGAAAUCUCUUAUAUCAGUCAUGGCUUCCUUCUCCCUCCUCCAGCUUCCAGAAAUCCAGCUCUCUUUCAUCUUCCUAUAACUUCAAGGCCUUCUUCUCAGACUAGCUAGUUCGAGUGCUUCUUUCCAUGGAUGAUCAAUCCAUCUACUUGCCUCCUGGCUUCAGAUUCCACCCUACUGAUGAAGAGAUCAUAACUCAGUACCUCAUGAAGAAAAUUGCAGAUCAGAAUUUCACAUCGGUAGCCAUUAGCCAAGCAAAUUUCAAUGACUGCGAGCCUUGGGAUCUUCCAAGGAAGGCCAAGAUGGGAGAUAAAGAAUGGUAUUUCUUCUGCCAAACGGACAGAAAGUAUCCUACAGGGAUGAGGACCAAUCGGGCCACAAAAGCUGGCUAUUGGAAGACCACAGGAAAGGAUAAGGAGAUAUUGAAGGGGAAGAGAGUCCUAGGGAAGAAGAAAACUCUUGUUUUUUAUAAGGGGAGAGCUCCAAAAGGGCAGAGGACCAACUGGGUCAUGCAUGAAUACAGACUUGAAGGCAAACAACAAGUUCCUUACAGCCUUUCUAAAUCUCCAAAGGAGGAAUGGGUUGUUUGCAAAGCAUACCAGAACACAAAGGAUAAAAAGAUAAGCCCAGCACAAGAGUUUUCAUCCAAGAAGAACUUAAUUGUUGAUGAUAUUUUAUCUGAAAAUCCUAAGAUGCCACCUCUUCUGAAUUCUCCAUGCUUCAACUCAAGCAACCAAGGAGUGGAGGGUCAACUGGAGCUUGAAAAUGAGCUGAACAGAUCCGUCUUCUCCUCUCAAAGUUACCAUCUUGGUCCUUGGUUCUUGCACCAGGAAGAAAGAAGAUUAAAAGCUCCAUUUAUUUCCAAUCAAGGAUGUUUUGCGUUAAGCGUCCCUGGAAGAGUAGAAAGGAAUGGUGAGGCUUCUCCAGCCAUCUUCAAGCAACAGAUAUGCAACCUGCUAUAUUCCUCAGAUGUGCAAGCAGUUCUGGAUUUUGAUAGCAUACUGAAUUAUGAAAUAUUGUGAAAUAAUCUCCUCAUGCGCCAAGCAUUUUCAUGUUAUGCGCAGUGGCAGAACUAGGAUUUCAAAUGAGAGAGAGAGUGUGUGUUUGAAAGAAUUUGCUCUAAACUUAAGAAGUAAGAGUUUUAUAUAAUUUACAU